AUGGCGCACCGCAUCGUUUCCCAAGUCAUCGUCACCGGAGCCCGGGUCUUCGGCCGCGCCUUCGCCGAGGCCUACAAGCAGGCCCAGGCAGCCGGCAAGCACAACGCCGGCAAGAAGGGUGGCAGCGCCUUCACUGGCUCCGGCAUCACUCUCGAUGAGGCCUGCAAGAUUCUCAAUGUCAAGCCCCCCGGUGGUGGCGCCGAGACCAGUGUGGAACAUGUCAUGGAGCGAUUCAAGAAGCUGUUCGAUCUGAACGACCCCCAGAAAGGCGGUAGUUUCUACCUGCAGAGCAAGAUUCUGCGUGCGCGCGAACGGAUAGAAAUGGAACUUCGACAGGCAGAGCGCAAGGCCGCGCAGGACAAGGAAUUGCGUGAAGGCUGGAAUCCCAAGGUCUACAAGGACCGGUGA